AUUACCAAACAACCCCCUUGGUUAUUGGAUCUAUAUAACCAACUCCAAUACACAUGCCUUUAACUCACCAAUUCAACAAUUUUCUCAUCAAAAACUUUAUAUUUUCUUCACAUAAAAUAAUUUUCUUAUCAAAAUUUUUUUAUAAUUUUUUAAUAGCAAAAAUGGCAAUCAAAGUUCAUGGCCCAAUUAUGUCACCAGCUGUUAUGAGAGUUGUUGCUGCAUUAAAAGAAAAAAAUCUUGAAUUUGAACUUGUUCCUGUUAAUAUGCAAAAUGGUGAUCACAAAAAGGAACCUUUUAUUACCCUCAAUCCAUUUGGUCAAGUUCCAGCUUUUGAAGAUGGAGAUCUCAAACUUUUUGAAUCAAGAGCCAUUACACAAUACAUAGCUCACACGUAUGCAGACAAAGGGAACCAACUCUUACCCAAUGACCCAAAGAAAAUGGCAAUAAUGUCUGUAUGGAUGGAAGUUGAAGCCCAGAAAUUCGACCCUGUUGGCUCAAAACUUGCCUAUGAGAUAGCUAUCAAGCCGAUGAUGGGCAAGGUAACGGACGACGCAGUUGUUGCAGAGAACGAAGAGAAAAUGGGGAAACUACUCGACGUAUACGAAGCUAGACUCAAGGAGUCGAAGUACUUGGGUGGCGAUAGCUUUACGCUGGCCGAUUUGCACCAUGCCCCGGGUUUGCAUUACUUGUCUGGGACUAAAGUGAAGAGCUUGUUUGAUGCUAGGCCUCAUGUUACUGCUUGGUGUGCUGAUGUAUUGGCUAGGCCAGCUUGGUCCAAGACACUUGAGUUGAACAAACAGUAAGUGGCG